UUCCGUGGCUUCCUUUCAUUUGUCUUUUUACCCUUAAUCUCUCUCUACCCUGCCAGCAAGCUUAGCAUAUGCUUCCAAAUAUUCCUCCCUCUACUCUUCCAAUGCUCUCGAGAUGAUUAUAAAUGGUGACUUCUGUCACCACCUUACGCAUUUAUGCAGGCAGCUCAAGAGAGAGAGAGAGAGAAAGAGAGAGGGCGAUGAAGUUUGGAAAGAGGCUGAAGAGGCAGAUAGAGGAAAGCCUGCCCGAGUGGAGGGACAAAUUUCUGUGCUACAAGGACCUCAAGAAGCUGGUUAAGCUCAUCUCUGCAACCCAACCAUCUUCCAAAGCCGAGGCAGAGUUCAUCUGCCUCUUGGACUCGGAGAUCGACAAGUUCAACGCCUUCUUCGUCGACCAGGAGGAGGAGUUCAUCAUCCGGCAGAUGGAGCUGCAGGAGAGGAUCAAGAGGGUAGCUGCGACGUCGGCGGCGGCAGAGUACGGAAGGAUCGGAACCGAGAUGGUCAAUCUCCAUGGCGAGAUGGUGUUGCUGGUGAACUACAGCAGCGUCAACUACACAGGUCUCGCAAAGAUCUUGAAGAAGUACGACAAGCGAACCGGAGGCCUGCUAAGGCUGCCCUUCAUCGAGAAGGUGUUGGAGCAGCCCUUCUUCACCACUGACCUCAUCUCGAAGCUGGUGAAGGAUUGCGAGAGCACCAUGGACUCUAUGUUCCCUGCAGCAGCAGCAGCAGCAGCAACAGCAGCUCGAGACGAAGCUGUGAUGAUGGUUGAGCAGAGAGUGUUCAGGAACGCAGUUGCUGCGCUGGUGACCAUGCGAGAGCUGCGAAGGGGAAGCUCAACUUAUGGUCACUUCUCGCUGCCGCCUCUGACCUUGCCGGACGCUGAUCUGCUACACUCCUUGCAGCUCCCUUCGCCCAUUCCCAUCCUUUGAUGCUCACUCGAUGUGCAUCAUCAUCCAUCUCAUGUGUUCAUGUCAUCACUUGCAAUGGACAUGAUAAGUAUCAACAACCAGUUUGCAUCAAAUGAAUCCUCCUUCCAUUAA